UCUCUCCGCGUGUGGGGACCCCUCGCGUGCCGGUCCCGUUUGGGGAGGAGGGCGGAGGGAGGCGCGAUUGUGGUCUGCGGCCUCGCAGCGCCCUUCGUCUGCCAUGAGCGGCGUCGGGCGGUUUCUGCGCUUGCUAAAGCAGCGCUUUAUCGGGCCAGGGAGCGAGUUCGUGGGCAUCGACUACUUUGGAAACAAGUAUUAUCGGAUCCCGCCGCACAAAACUUGGGCAGGUCAGAACAUUAAAGAGAGAAGAAUUGUGAAAGCUGUCAAUCUAGAAGAAUAUCAGUAUGAAUCUGGAGCCAUUCCAACAGAAUGGGAAGCAUGGAUGAAGAAAAGAAGAAACAAUCCACCUACACUUGAGGAAUGUAUCCAGAAUAGAAACUACAGAAAAGAAAUGAAAGCUAAAGUUGAAGAUUUGGAUGAAAAAAGCAGCCUCCUUCAGGCCAAAGAGGAUCUUGAAGUAGGGCCACUUCAAACACAGAUUACAGGACAUGCAUCUGCUUCCAGCUACAGAAAGCCUGAACGCUCAGAAGACCCUGUUAGUACAGCAAAUACAUUUCAGCCUGGAGCCUGGAUGCCUCCUGACCGUAAAAAAUAAAAGCCCCCCCCCCCACUCCGUGCAAAGCAUCAGGAAAGAGGCAACAUUUGGUUAAUGAGCAACAUGAAUGAAGACACUUCCUGAAAAAUUCCAAGUUAUACUUAAAAGCUUAGCAGCAUUUUCAAAAUGCUUAGAUUCUGCCGUUUCUUGUGGAAAUGUUUAAUUGCUUUUUAUAAAAUGUCCCAUCUCUAAUUCUUUUGCCUCUUAAAUCAUUUGAUAAUGUUUUCAGUGAAGUUAUGCUUCAAUAAAAUUUAAUGCUGCCAUAAUCAUUA